AGGGGAGAGACUACACGACAGCCAGCGUAUUUAAACGCAGCUGAGCUAACGUUAGGUCUUGAGCCAUGUCGGCCUGCUCGGCUCUACUGAACAGCCGUGUCGCUGGAGGCUGCUGCAGGUUGUGGCGUCGGGUUCCUCGACCUGUCGUCCACUUCAGAUCGGCGAGCGUAGCUGAGCGAGGCGCAGGAAGGUCUGAUGAAGAGCUCUGGGAGGCAGCAAGCUACCUGCCAUUCUCCGGAGCCAGAAUAGGAUCUUUCUUCCAGGAACGACCAGUGCUGAAAAACCUGUUUCUAGAGGAUGCCUUGCUCAGAGGAUACCUGAGGAGACACCUGCCCCAGGAGGCAGCUUUCUCUGACUUGUGUGCAUUUGGAGAGCGAGUGUCCAAAGAGGUGGAUGUAUGGGGCAGAGAGUGUGAAGUCACUCCUCCACAGUUGGUGCAUUUUGACCCUUGGGGUCGCAGGGUGGAUCACAUUGAGACUUCCCCGGCCUGGAAACGCAUGAAAGAUCUCUCAGCACAGGAAGGACUGGUCGCUAUUGGUUAUGAGAGGCCGUUUGGGGAAUGGAGUCGUGUGUACCAAAUGUGCAAGUUGUACAUCUACUCUCCGUCCUCUGGUCUCUACACCUGUCCUCUGGCCAUGACUGACGGAGCUGCUAAAGUCAUCCAGUCUGUAGGUGUUUCCUGGCCAGUAGAUGAAGCAUACAGUCGUUUGACCACCCGUCAGCCUGAGCGAUUCUGGACGUCUGGACAGUGGAUGACGGAAAGACAGGGAGGAUCUGAUGUGGCCAGAGGCACAGAGACAGUGGCUGUUCCUCAAACGGAUGAUUCAUACAAACUCCACGGCUUCAAGUGGUUCACCUCUGCUACAGAUGCAGACAUGACUCUCACACUGGCCAGAAUACAAGACAGAACAGGAGCAACCACACCGGGCAGCAGGGGUUUGUCUUUGUUCUACGCAGAGGUGAGCAGAGAUGAGGACGGCCUGCUGAAGGGUAUAGAGGUUCAGAGACUGAAAGACAAGCUGGGUACAAGACAGAUGCCAACCGCUGAGUUACUGCUGGAUGGCUUACCAGCACACAGGCUCUCAGAGGUAGGCAGAGGCGUGGCCUCCAUAGCCAACAUGUUAACUAUAACCCGGAUCCACAACAGCAUCUCUGCAGCGGCUGCAAUGAGAAGGGUGGUCCAGUUAGCCGGUGACUACGCCACUCGCCGCACUGCCUUUGGAAAGCUUCUUAAAGACCACCCACUGCACAUGCAGACUCUCGCUAGGAUGGAGGUGGAGACUCGUGGGGCGUUCCUUCUGGUGAUGGACGUGUGUCGUCUGUUGGGUCGAGAGGAGAGCGGCAUGGCGACCCAGCUUGAUACAAACCUGCUACGUCUGCUCACUCCUGUGGUCAAACUGUACACUGGGAAGCAGGCGGUGGCUGUGGUGUCGGAGGGUUUGGAGAGCUUCGGUGGACAGGGCUACAUCGAGGACACUGGCUUGCCUGGACUGCUUCGAGAUGCACAGGUGUUGAGUAUUUGGGAAGGUACCACAAAUGUCCUGUCUCUGGAUGUGCUGCGCUGUGUGGCCCGUAGCUCAGGACUGGUUCUUCAUGCUUACUUUACCCAUACCAAGUCCCUCCUUGCCGGUGCAUCAAGUGUUUCUUCGUUGGCCCCAGCAGUGAAAGCAUUAGACCGAGCUCUCUCUGAGCUGGAGGACUUUGUUCAGGUGGCAGCUAGCAGAGGACCGGCCUACCUGGAGCUAGCAGCCAGAGACCUGGCUUAUAGCCUGGCUCGCAUCUAUGCAGGUGCUCUUCUGAUUGACCACGCAUGUUGGAAAGGAGCCUCUCCAUCUGACACCUAUGCAGCUCUCAGGUGGUGUGAACAGGACUUGUGUCCUGUGGUGAAUAAACAAGCGAGAGGUUGCUAUGACCCCAACACUCCAGCACUUGAUGCUGUGCUAGUGUAUGACCGGCCAACUCAAGACUGAAUGUUCACUGAAAACAGAUGAAACUGCCACUUGAUCCACCAUAACUGUGCCUCACUUUAAUCUAGUUUUAGGCACAAAUUCACUACUGCGUGCACAAGAACAGCAAUGAGACUGAAUGUAGAGUUUCAUUAUGUGAUAUUUUUAAUAUUAAACUGUAUAUAAAGUAUCUGCGAUAUUUAUUUUUAUCUUCAAUAAAUAUGAAACUAUAGAUUCACAAGUUUUGCAACAUACAAAUGAUUUUUGGAGGCCUUGGUAAACAAAAAUAACAGCAGUGGUCUGAAGCAACAAGAGCCCUGACAGAAGAUACAGGAGGUUUACUUACAUGCUGCCUUCUAGAAGUGUUGGGAAAAGGCAGAUGUUUGAGCUCCUAUGAAAAACAUGUGAACUCUGUAUUGUUUUAUACCACAUGAUUAUUUUAAACUGUACAGAGAUUAAUUAUUUGGUAUGGUUACUGUGUUAUUGUGUUUUACUGUGGUAAACUAUCUGAAUGUAAAGUGAUGUACAAUAGUUUUUGGAGAGUAACAAAAAGUAUAAAAUAUACGCAUGAUUAAUACUUUCGCUUCCUCUGUGUUUAUUUUUAUAGUUUUGAGGCAGGGGUGUCUAACAUACAAAUAAGACAUCAACUGCAAAUUUCUAAAAAAAGGAACUGCUUCAAGUCGGGGUUGCACACAACACUGUCAAGCAAGCAAACUGUUCAUGCCGGAGCUGUCAUGCUGGUUUAAGUUGUUAUCAUCUGUUCUACGGUUUCAGGUCUUUGGUGAACUGAUCUGCCCGUCGACAUCCAACUUGAAA